AUGGGGACGCCGGGCCAUUCGUCCCGGGCCCUGCUGCUGCCCGCGGCGCCGGGGGUCCGGAGGAAGCGCGCCGCCAGGGAGGCCGGGGCGGCGGCGAGAAAGCAGCAGGUCCUGGAUGAGGACGAGUACAUCGAGGGCCUCCAGAUGGUCAUCCAGAGGGAUUUCUUCCCUGACGUGGAGAAGCUGCAGGCCCAGAAGGAGUACUUGGAGGCUGAGGAGAAUGGAGACUUGGAGCGGAUGCGCCAGAUUGCCAUCAAGUUUGGCUCAGCUCUGGGCAAGAUGUCCCGGGAGCCUCCACCACCCUAUGUGACUCCGGCCACUUUUGAAACUCCUGAGGUACACACAGGCUCUGGUGUCAUGGGCAACAAGCCCCGGGAGAGAGACGUGGAGGAUGCAGGAGAGGCUGGAGAAGAGGAGGAGAAGGCACCGCUGCCCAGCCUGGAUGUCUUCCUGAGGCACUACACCAGUGAGGACAAUGCCUCCUUCCAGGAGAUCAUGGAAGUGGCCGAGGAGAAGAGCCGUGCCCGCCAUGCCUGGCUCUACCAGGCUGAGGAAGAGUUUGAAAAGCGGCAGAAAGAUAAUCUUGAACUCCCAUCAGCAGAACACCAAGCCAUCAAGAGCAGCCAGGCUGGUGUGGAAACCUGGAAGUACAAGGCCAAGAACUCCCUCAUGUACUACCCUGAUGGUGUCCCCGAUGAAGAACAGCUGUUCAAGAAGCCUCGGCAGGUGAUGCAUAAGAACACACGCUUCCUCCGGGACCCCUUCAGCCAGGCCCUGAGCAGGUCCCAGCUCCAGCACGCAGCCGCCCUCAAUGCCCAGCACAAACAAGGCAAGGUCGGCCCUGACGGCAAGGAGCUCAUCCCGCAGGAGUCCCCCCGAGUGGGCAACUUCGGACUUGUUGCCACCCCUUCUCCUGCUCCUGGUGUGAAUGAGUCCCCACUGAUGACCUGGGGGGAAGUUGAGAACACACCCCUAAGAGUCGAAGGGUCAGACACCCCCUAUGUGGACAGGACACCAGGACCAGCUUUCAAGAUCCUGGAGCCAGGACGCAGGGAGCGGCUGGGCCUGAAGAUGGCCAAUGAGGCAGCUGCCAAGAACCGGGCCAAGAAGCAGGAAGCCUUGCGGAGAGUGACAGAGAACCUGGCCAGCCUCACUCCCAAAGGGCUGAGCCCAGCCAUGUCCCCAGCCCUGCAGCGCCUUGUGAGCAGGACAGCCAGCAAGUACACAGACCGUGCCCUGCGGGCCAGCUACACACCAUCCCCAGCACGUUCCAGCCACCUCAAGACUCCAGCUGGUGGGCCACAAACCCCCACGAGCACACCAGCCCCUGGCUCUGCCACACGUACGCCCCUCACACAAGACCCGGCCUCCAUCACAGACAACCUGCUGCAGCUGCCUGCCCGGCGAAAAGCUGCUGAUUUCUUUUAGAGCCAGGCCUGGGUAGAGCCUGUGGACAAUCUGUGGAACCAAAGGGCAACUGUCCACCCAGCAAAGGACUCCAUUUCCUGUGAGCCCAGGCCCAGGCCACACGUGGUUGAUUAUCUCAGGAACCACAGGUCAAAGAUGCCAUGCUGCAGCCAGACGGGCACAGGACAAGAGCCACUCCCUCAGGGGCAUAACAUCCACGCUGUCUCCUAGGGCCCUACGAAGUCUCUUUUCUAUUUGACCCCCACCUCCAUCAUCAUUAAAGAACACUUGGUACAGUCUG